UGUUGUUGUUGUUGAUGGGGGCUGAGUCGACGCCAUAUUGAUCCUCGGAGUUCAUUUAUCACGUUUUGUCUGUAUUUUGGGUGGCAUGAGCCUAUGAGAUGAGUGAUGAGGAGCGAGACAUUGACAUCGAGAGUGACGACGAUGAGUCGCUGGGUGGUGGCGCCCGGGGCGAGUUUCAAUUUGCCUCACAGGCGGAGAAACGUGCCCACCACAAUGCCCUGGAGAGGAAACGUCGCGACCACAUUAAGGAUUCCUUCUGUUCCCUGAGGGACUCUGUUCCAUCACUCCACGGAGAAAAGAAUUCGCAGGCCAGUCGUGCGCAGAUACUGAAGAAAGCUGCUGACUAUAUUGAGUUUAUGAGGAGAAAGAACAGUGCCCACCAGCAGGACAUUGAUGAUCUCAAGAAACAAAACAACCUGCUGGAGACCCAGAUUCGGUCACUGGAGAAGACCAAGUACACUGGGAACUUUGCUGCCAUGACCAGCAGCAACGUCCUCCUGGGCAGCAAGGGCAGUGCCCUCAUGGAGUUUGACGGAUCCGGCUCCGACACCUCAGACUCGGAGACCUUGAACAGUCUCCGGCGCAAGAAGUUGAAGACCUAGCUGCAAAUUUGUGAGAGACUGUGAUUAUGUGUCUCUUGUGUUCUGUGGGACAUGACUGUUCUCCUGUGUAUGUCUGUGAGUAUGUCUCUUGUCUCCUGUGAGAGAUGAUUGUGUUCUCCUGUGUGUGUGUGUCUGCGAGUAUGUCUCUUGCCUCCUGUGAGAGAUGACCAUGUUCCUCUGUGUAUGAUUGUGAAGAUGUCUGUCUCUUGUCUUCUGUGAGAGAUAACUGUUCUCCUGUGUGUAUGUCUGUUUCUUGUUUUCUGUAAGAGAUAACUUGUGUGUGUCUGUGAGGAUGUCUGUCUAUUGUCUCCCAUGAGAUAACUGUUCUUCACUGGUCUCCCAGGAAGCCUGCAUUCUUCAGUGGUCUCCCAGGAACCCAGUGUUCUUCACUGGUCUCCCAGGAACCGUUCUUAACGUUCAGUCUCUGCUGGUGUUGCCAAGCAAUACUUUAAUAUAUUAAUGUUCUUAUGUUCACCUCAAGGGGGGCUCUCCUGAUCCAAGGAACUGGAGCCACCCUCCCCUUCCUAGGAUCAAACCUGUUCACCUCUCACUUGUUAUAUAUAUUUUAUUGGUAAAAUAUUACAUAUGUGGAA